UAGGAACACACAAACUAUAAACUCUACACUGGGUCCAAUGAGAAGACCGUGACAGUGCAUCUACGUGCUCGGUGCUCAUAUUAUAUCACAAUUGAAACUACACUAAGUAGUAUGUGUUUUAGGCACUGUGCAAUGAUGAGUUCCUGCAGGAUCUCCAGAAAAAGAUAUGGCACCGUGAAAAGACACAGUAGAAAGAAUGACGUGGAUCAACGCAUUUCACAGAUGAUUGACAAAGGCAACACUCCUCUUCCCCUGCCUGUGUCUGAAUGUGACCCCUCAAGAGGGUCAAGGGGAGUCCUUCAAAAUACCUCUUCUGUCAACCAGACUCCUCUCACCUCAUUACUUUCAGGGGAGUUUUCGAAGCCGGCAGUAAUUGGACACUCUGACAGUCCUGCAGCAAUAAAGGAGAUUCUCAUGUCGGUGCUGGAAACUUCAGGUGGACUGAAAUACCAGCCUGUGCCCAAGAAUGCUGCUGGAGCCAGAGACUGGUCAGAUAGCAGUGAUGAGGAACUCACAGGGGGCAGCUCCCCUGACAGCUACGAUGGAUACUACAGAAACAGCAACACUGCUUGUCAUACAGACAAUGAGACAACAGGACAGCUGGAUUCUGUCCAUUUAGACGCAGGUUUUGACCGCUUACCUCUACCUAGAAGUAGCCCUGUCGUUUCCCGGAAAAUUAUUUCCUCACCUGUAGAGAGGUCCCCCUCCCAUGUGCUGCUUUCAUCUUCACCUGAAAUAUCUGCCACCCCCGAAACACAGCAAGCAGUAUCACAGGAUGAGUGGAGAAGCCCUUCUCCUCCACCCCCUAAACCGAGGAGCAAAUCCCUGACUGCCAACUUCAACAGGCUGUUCCCUACAGGCCUCUACUUUCCUUUCAGAGGCUCUGCCUUUAUGGAAGGAGUUUGGGGAAACUCUGAAGAGGGAUCCAACUCGGAUGUUGGCAUACAUUCUGGGAGAAGUGAGCAAAACAUUGAAGAGCUGGUCAGUCCUGUGGAUUACGCUGUCGGGCCUUUAAGUGCUAGUGCUGAAAUUGACAAGGAGAAUGCACACUUCAUCAUUGCAGACAUGAUCGUGGAAGCUUUGGAGAACAUGAAGUGUACUAUUCUGAGCAGGAGAGCUAACCUGUCGGGGAGAGCAAGCGCUGCCUCUGGAGUUUCAGAAGAGGCUUCCGAUGGCUGUCACUCAGUCUCCAAGAAACACUCUGAGUCCACUGCGUCCUCAGAUAGCGGCUAUGAAGGUUACCCUGGUCACCAGUCCAUCACAAGACAUUCUCCUGACCUGACUUCCUCGAACCCACACCUUGAAAAGGAUGAAGCCGUCUCUGAAUCCAAAUUAAAUGAAAACAAGCCAAGAACAGAAGACUCUGAAACUGCAAGUUCCUCAUCACCUUCCGCCAGGCCCCGCUGUGCUGAAGCCUUGGCUCAGCACCUGGUCAGGAUGUUCCGGAAGCGAUGGCUACACUCGGAGUGUGAACAGCAGCAGCAGUCUGGUAGUUUGUCUCCCUCAUUGCAGGAAUGUCUCCCAGGUGGGGGUGAGUCCGGCCUGGACCUAGCUGAAGAGAUUAAGCUGAAGUCCAGAAUGCGAGGCACUUGGAUUUGGGCACCACCUCGCUUUCAGAUCAUCUUUAUUAUACACCCAGUGUCAAAGCGGGACUCUGUUGUAGCUUCUCAGCAUUACCUUUGUGCAGGUUGUGGAACCCAAGUGGAGCCAAGGUAUAUUAAGAAGCUGCGAUACUGUGAGUACUUGGGGAAGUACUUCUGUGACUGUUGCCAUAGCAAUUUUGAGUCUGUGAUCCCAGGACGAAUCAUCAUGAAAUGGGACUUCAGUAAAUACCCAGUGUGUAACUUCUCCAAACAGCUACUGGACCUUAUAUGGCAGAACCCGUUGUUCAAUGUUUCCUGCUUCAGCAAGUCAAUAUACACAAAAGUAAAAGAGCUGGAUAAAUUCAGGGAACUUCAGGAACAGUUAAUUAUUAUAAAGAAGCUGUUGAAGUCAUGCAGAGUCUCAGUAAGUCUCAUGCAGGAGUUUGAACAGCUACCAGAGCACUUGACUCAGGAGCAGCACCUCUUCUCAAUGGAUGACUUCAUGAAAAUCAAGCGUGGCAUUCUAGUCCCUCAGGCCAAGGGGCUUCUGAAAACGGCUUUGUCUCACGUUGAAAACUGUGAGUUGUGCCAGGCCAAGGGUUUUAUCUGUGAGAUCUGCAGGAACAAUGAUGUGCUGUUCCCCUUCCAGAUAGACAUCUGUAAGAGAUGUGCAGUAUGCAAAGCCUGUUUUCAUAAAGACUGCUUCCGAUUUGAACAGUGCCCCAAAUGCAUCCGGAUUCAAACUCGGGAAAACAGGAUUUCCCAACUGGUUAUAUAGAAAGGAUUGCAAUAUCUAAUAUAUGCUAUAUAUUAAAUAAGAGGUAAUAUUAUUUAUUCAGAACGCUAUAUUAAAAUAUUUUAACAUGUUCAAUGCCAAGCAUCUUUUGUAUAGCUGGACACCAAAGUGUUUUGUUAAAUUUUUUUUUACUGCAGUACAAAUGUAUAUGUGUGAUGUGAUGCAGAACAUAAAUUAAUAAGUAGAGUUGUGUUGUUUUGUGUUUCUAUUGAAUGUAGUUCUAAUGCUGUAGGUAGGGUGUGUUUGCUCUUCUACUUUUGCAAUGCAGCUUAUAAACUGCUACGGAAAUAAACCAGAUGAUGAUAUACAUUGCACAAAUGAAAUGGCUGUAACAAUACUCAUUUAUCAAGAUCAGACACCUUGACUGUCUGUUCAGAAUGAAAGCAUUCACCCCAGAAACAUGUUGAAAUGUUAUUUUUAAUCUGCUGGUAAUUUCCUGUGGUAGGAAAUCUGUAUGUACUGUCAAUGGAAAUUGAGAUUAGUAAUAACACAAAACUGUUUUGUUGUGAGUCACAAAUAUUCAGACAGUCAGAAACUCUUUCUUUUCUGUAUGCUCUUGAGUUUUUGCUUAAAAAUGUAAUAAAUGCAUGAACAGUAAAUCUCAGUUCUCUGACAGGUACAAUAGAAGUGUCCAGGGUUUGUUUGAUAAUGUUCUCGGCUGUAAAUUCUACGUUUGAAAAUUACUUCAUGCUGUCAUUUGUUCUAUUUUUACUGACGGAACAUGACGGCAGCUUUUUUAUUUUAUUUUAUUUUAUUUUCAAAACAAACAGAACCUUUUAAAAAAUGCAUUUCGUACAAUAAUCAUGUGUUUAUAAUAAAAACCAGAGCAAGAAUCUUUAACACAAAUAAUUUUGCUAGACAUCAAUUAUUUACUGAUUUUAUAAAUAGUAUUAGGCCAGAGUACAAACAAUUUGUGAGGAACGGAGUCCUGGUGUAAAACUUUACCUAAUUUCUUAUAGAAUCAGAUAGUCAUAAAACAUGUUUGUAAAAGAGAUCACAGCUCUCUGUUUCAAAGCUGCUGAAAUCAUGUUGCAGUAUAAAAACGUUAGUCGGUCAUUCUACCAAUAGUGCCUUUUGUGUCCCAAUGCCACAUUUUGGAUAAAGUAACUGAUUUUACUUAAAGUAAUUAAUACAUCAUAAAGUAUUAAUUAGUUCCUGUACACAUUCAGUAGUAAAACACACUCAAAUGAAAAAAACAUUGAAUUUGUUUAAAGAAAAAAAUGCAUUGUGCAAUGUCCCUAUUCAUCUUUUCACCCAGUCCUUUAAGAAUAUAACUCACUAAAUCUUAAUGUAUUUUUAAAUUCUCACCAUAAUCAUAAAACACAAAUUAGUACAUUGUUUUUCAACAAUAGAUUUGUACAAUCAAUGUAUAUUUAUCAAUAUAAAUUAAAAUAUUUAGGAUUGUCCAUAAAUCCAUUAACCCUGUUACCAGAGAGAAAUCCCACUGCAGAAUAAUGUAUUAUUCCUCAAGUCACAUGAUUUUUCAGCAUGUGGCUUUGUCAUCAAUGAGAAAGAUACAGGACACAACUUCAGUUAUGUGUCUAAACAGUUUCAUUUUUUAAUUAUUAUUUUUUUAAGCUAUCUCUUCUUUGGGUGCAUAGGGUACUUUUCAACUAUAUUGCAUGAAGUUAAGUAGAAAAAAAAAAUCAAAAAAUAUGUAAGUUUCAUAAACUCCAUAAAAGCCUUCACCAGAAGCACACCAUGUGCACCCAUGCUCUUUACCAUAUGGGAAGUAAAGGCUAAACUUUGUUAUGGAAGUCAACGCUGUUACUGGUCAACUGGUACCAAGGGCAACUUAGAGUAUACAAUAAAUACUUAUCAAGAAUUACAGUACAGUUAAGAGCAAGAUACAAAAUAAAAGUAUUUCAGUCCUAAUAAGAGCAAAUGAUCAACCUUUAUCCUGUCUGCCCUCCAGCUUCCAUCGCCUCUCGGAGACACAGACGCCACGAGACUCGCCUCAUAAUAAUAAUAAUAAUAAUGAUAAUAAUUUGUAAAUCAGAUAUCUCCAUUUUCUAUCCAUCUAAAUAUUGAUUUUGAACUUUACUUUCAAAAUGUUACAUUUUGAAUUUGCAAAACAGUGCUGUUAAGGUAUGUAUAUUAACAUUAUAAAGUUUGUAUUAUACAUCAACACUGAUAAUACAUACAGCCCCUCACAAUUAAGAUGUACAUGUUUAAUAAUAUUGUAGUUGCAUAGUUAAAAAAUUCUUGUAUUGCAGUUGCAUAUUUAAACAGCUGUUGGCUUAGUUUCCAAAGUUCAGUAUGCACUAAUGUUAUAGUAAGAUAACAUUCUGACUAUUGCAACUUCUAAAUGCAUGUAUUUGUAGGAUUGUAUUACAAUGACAUUUGUGCCUUCUAGAACAUGUUAAAAAUAAAUAAAAUAACUGCUGCA